AUGCUGACUGUGGAGAGAGUGCUGGAGCAGCUCAAGUACAGGUACGAGAGGGAGGUGAAUGAAGGCAAGCGGUCGGCUCUGAAGAAGGUGUGCGAGCGGGACGCUGCUGCUGGCAGCCCCAUGGUACUGGCUGCCUGCUCGCCUCAUUUUUUUAGUCGACUCAUACCCCCACUUUCCCCACAUGCGUCCCUCUUCAUCCAGGUGUGUGGGGCGGUGCUGAAUGGCUGCAUGGAAGGCCUCCCUCCCCUCGAGGCGUGCACAGCAGCAACGCUCGCCCUUCACUUCAACGGCACCUUCCCAGCUCACUGGUCCACCAAGCUGGGCUUCUGUAACGUCGCCCACCCCCACAGAGUAGAUUUUCCACCCUUUCUGUCUCCCUGCUGCUCUCUAUCUAUUCCUCUUCGCUCCUCCCUCCCCAUCCUCAUCUCCCCAUGUGCUUCCCCUCAUCCCUCUGCUCUUCUCCCUCUGCCCUCCCCCGCUACAGGCCGACAGAAGCCGCCUGUCCCAAUGGCACUGCGCAGGGUGCGGGAGGACGGGGGAGCUAUCCCCCUUACGUGUGUGGCCAUUGCACGGGUCUAUCCUACAAUGUACUGGGAGAAGAACACCGCAAGGAAAGCUGAUGCGGAUGCUGCUGCUGCUGCUGCUGUUGUGCCCGGUGGUACGAUGCCUCAGCUAGGGCUGAAGCAGUGGCAGCUCGUGACUUUGAGAAGAGCACUGAUGCUGUCACAGGAGAGGCGGAGGGCAGCAGUGCAGGAGGCAGAGAAGCGGAGGGCGGCAGUGCAGGAGGCGGUAGAUGACGCAUUGGCAGAUGAAGGGUUGAAGGAAACGGGACGUCUGCUGCAGGAGCUGGUGGAGGGCGGGGUGUACCUGGUGGAGGGCGGGGUGUACCUGUGGUGGGCGGGUGUACCUGGUGGAGGGCGGGGUGUACUGGUGGAGGGCGGGGUGUACCUGGUGGAGGGCGGGGUGUACCUGGUGGAGGGCGGGGUGUACCUGGUGGAGGGCAGGGUGUACCUGGUGGUGGCCGGGGUGUACCUGGUGGCGGGCCUUCAGCCGUCUCUGCAAGAGCUGGUGGAAGGAGGCGUGUAUCUGGUGGCGGGCCUUCAGCCGUCCGCCACGCGGCGUGGAUGCAAUUGUCCGCUGCUCUCCCUCAACGCCAGCCGGUCAACCAGCUUCUCUUUCCCCCCUCGUCAGUGGACCCCCCUCGCCUCGUUGCCUGCCACUCCCCCGGGCAGGGAGGUGGACGUGGUGGCACUGGUGCUGGGCCGUGGGGCAGCCGCGUGCCGUGGGGGCGUGGCAGACGGGGCAGUGGCUUCUGCUGCUUGA